AUGGAGGCCGUCGAUCAACGAAUUGCGCUGCAGAACAUGCUUCGAGAAGGAGAAGUGAGAUGCAUGCAAGUGGACUUCGAUACGGACAUCUCGAUGCAGUCAGCAACAUCAGCCCAGAACUCUGAGUCAAUGUCAAAUCCCGAAGUCAUUCGAACUUCGCCUGACUCUGCAAGCUUCGAAGCGAGGCAAGUGAGCCUCCAUCACAUCACGAGAACAAAAAAGGAGAGACAUUUCGAAGCCAUCGUCGAAAAUCUACUUCUUCAGAACCAAACCAAGGGCAAGAAAGUGCCAAAAAAACACCAACAAUUCACACUAUUUUAG